GAAGCUAUGGUGGACCAGCUCAUCGAAGAUCAUAUCCCCAAGUUCAAGGACCUCUUUAAAGUAUAUGACAAGUAUGGUGAUGGUCGUGUAACCACAAAGGAGCUUGGUGCCGUGAUGAGUGCCUACGGCCUGGACAAGACCGAAGCCGAGCUUCAGGUCAUGAUCAACGAAGUGGGUGCAGGUGCAGAUGAUAACGGUACUAUUGACUUCACCGGGUUCUUGUACCUAAUGGCUAGGAUGAUGAAGGGCGCCUAUUCUGGGUCAGGACCCACAGAUGCAGUGAAAGACAGACAAAGACCAGGAAGCUAA